AUGUCUGACUAUUUUCCUCGAGAUGUUUGGGACAACAUUCUUCAGAGACUGCCAAUAAAAUCAAUAGUAACAUGCAUGUCUGUUUGUAAAUUCUGGAAAUCUCUAAUCACUGAUCAUGACUUGGCAUCUUACCAUCUCAAACGAACCCUUCAAGCCAAUGACAGUGCUGGGGGGUCUCUUCUUAUUAAGCUAUGUACUCCAAUGAAGGAGAGUUAUAAUAUUGAGUGGGGCGAGGACUUCCAUCUCGACAAUGGUCUGAUAUGUCUUGCUGACUUACUUCGAGAUCGUAGUGUUGAAGUUCUUAUUGGCAACCCAUCUAUUCGACGAUAUGUCAUUCUUCCUACAUCCGAAAUCUGUGCAAGCGAUUACAUAAGGCCUCCCUGUCUUUUGGGGUUCGGUUAUGAUUCUAAGAACAAGGACUUCAAGGUAGUUAAAAUUAUGGGAUCUGGGUACGACAAUAAGAUAAUUGUUCCUCGAGCUGAGGUUUUCUCUCUUGCUUCCUCUUCUUUUUCUUGGAGAAACAUAAUUACUAGUGGAGUUCUCAUUGAUGAAGAAACAUCCCAGAUGUUUAGGAAUGGCGCAAUACACUGGGUUAUGAAGCGUACAAGUAACAAUUCUGACUAUUUUAUCUUAUCAUUUGAUGUGACUAAAGAGACAUUUAGGGAACUGAGUCUAGGACCUUGUUUGAAGGAGACACCUUCCGCAGUGACUAUUUUGGCAGGAUCAUUAGAUUCACUUGCUAUCUCUACUUGUUAUUCAAAGUCUGAGACGACCUUUUUUAGUAUCUGGGUGAUGAAAAAAUAUGCUGUUAUGGAACCAUGGAAUGAAAUAUAUUGUUUUGAUUCGAGACAUUAUGGGGAUAUAUCAGGGGUAUCAGCCCUUUGGAGCGAAACUGAUGGAGGGAUGGUUUUAAUUGAUUCCAGGAAAAAUUCUGUGACGGAUUUGGAAAAUGGGAAAAACCAGAAUAGUUCUGUUGGAUCUUAUGCAUAUUUGUUUUUGAUAAACAAAGAACAGGGUAUUUGUCCUUACUAG